GCGGCUGUCAUGGCAUACGGUUACAAUAACCUCGGAAGCCUUAUACAGAAUGCCUGGAUUGAGAAGCAGAAGGGCGGACAUAUGCAGUUUCUGACCAUACAAGGCCUUAUGAUUGCCUGGUUGACCAUGAUCAUUAGCUUGGUAUUGGACCUAUUCCCAUCGUUGACGCCUUUACGUCGAAUCAAGCGGGUCCUUUUUAUGAUAGCCCUGCCAGUGUCCGUAGUUGUUACGACCAUAUAUUGGAGUUUAAUUCUAUUCAUGCCGCACAUGAUCCUCCAAGCCAAUCCUGGGACUACCCCUCCUACUUCGUCUACCGAAGCACCUCAGCUCAUGCGGAUUCCCCUCAAGAUGGACUUGGCUUUGCAUGCCGCGCCCGGCGUCAGUCUGCUUGCCGACUUCAUGUUCUUCGAGAGGAAAUAUGACCAACAAACAGCCCUCUACGCGGCGCCUGUUUUGGCUGCGCUUUCCGGUGCUCUGUACGGUACCUGGGUCGAGUACCUCGCCAAAUUCAACGGAUCAUUUCCAUACCCUUUCUUGACGGAGAAUCCAUUUGAGAUACGAGUGGCCAUAUAUACAGGAGCGGUUACGCUCGCGUUGGUAUCGUUCUGGAUCAUUAACUCGGCGCACCCUUGAGUACUUCUCAUUCUCAAUGAAAGCUAGAGUGCUUGUAAUUAGACCUAUGUAUGGAUGAUUGACGCCAUUAUUGUGGAUCCAAGGCUCGGCAGUGGGGGUUUAACAGUGCCAAUCAUGUGGAGAGCGUCGG